GUUUCACUUGCGUCCAGCGAGCCGCCCGCCUGGCAAAACGCGCUGCCUUUCCGAGGGGCAUUAAAGAAGGUCCAAGACUUCUCCGGAGGGGAACCACUCAGGAUGGAGUUAGAAUUUAAGGAUGGCUUUUGGGAAGAGAACUUUAUUAGUAAUGCCGGGUACGAGGCCAUCAUCCAGAGACUCAACGAUGGUCGGCGGACGUGCAAAGACAUGGAGGAGCUGUUUAAAAUGAGGGCCUCCGCCGAGGAGAAAUACGGCAAAGAACUGAUCGCCAUUUCGCGCAAAGUCGGGGGUUUCUAUGAGAUCUGCACGCUGAGAACCUCCAUUGAUGAAAUGAAAACACAAAUGGAAACGAUAGGCAACUUGCACGUCCAGCUGUCUGGCCUCUUAAAGGAGGAGGCGAAAAGGAUCGAGCAGUUCAGAGAGAAGCAGAAAGAGCAGAGAAAAAAACUUGAAUCCGUCAUGGAGAAGGUUCAGAAGAGCAAAGUCACCUUUUACAAGAAAACAAUGGAUUCUGAAAGACACUACGAGCAACGCUGCAGGGAGGCAGACGAGGCUGAGCAAACGGCGGACAAGAUGAGCAACGUUACCACGGCCACACCCAAACAGAUAGAGAAGGCGAGCAACAAAUCCAAACAGUGCAGAGAAGCUGCAGAAGAGGCCGAGAGACAGUACAAAUCCAACAUCGAGCAGCUGGACAAGAUCCGCGUUGAGUGGGAAUCAACACACAGCAACACGUGCGAGAUGUUUCAGCAGCAGGAAGCGGAGCGUCUCAAGGCCCUAAGGAACGGCUUGUGGGUGCACUGUAAUCACUUGUCCAUGCAGUGCGUGAAGGCUGACGAAUGUUACGAGGGCAUGCGGAAAAUUCUGGAGAAGUGCGACGUCAUCACAGACAUGAACUGCUUUGUAGGGAUUAAGGGCACCGGUUCUACCCGUCCCGCUCCCAUUGAAUACCAAAACUACUACGAGAGGGACACUUCAGAGGUCAGAAAUGGAAGCAUGGGACUCGUUGGUGGAGUCAUGAAAAGGUUUUCAAAUCUCCUUCAAGGGAGCUCUUUGGGGGGCUCCACUAUGAACCUUCAGAAAGAUCUAGGCGCACAAAGUACAGGGGAAACAUAUGAAGACGUUUAUUCCGACAUUCCUGGGACACAAGGGUCUCAACAGAAAUUGCAGUACAAGGCAGUGUACGAGUACGUGGCGCAGCGAGAUGAUGAGCUCUCCAUGUCGGCCGGGGAUGUUGUGCUCGUAACAGAUCAGGGCGAAGAUGGCUGGUGGAUGGUGCAGAAGUACGGCCAAAGAGGGCUGGUUCCAGGCUCUUACCUUGCCAAAUGACUUUGGACGAGCACACAAAAAAGAACUAGAACGACUUCUCAGUAAUUAUUUG